AAGUCACUCGUCGUCACGUACUGACGUAACGAUGUAACCAAGGGUCACUUAAUGAAUCUUUUUUAACAGGUUGAAAAGAUUCGAGUCACUGAAAUGAAUCAAAAUCCCCACCGCUGCAGUUUUUCUCUGACGCGGUGACUUGAAAGGCUGGUUAGCAGAAAUUACCUCGUCCUGAGGGGGCGCGCGGCUCACUGAGUUUAAGUUGAGGAGAUGAGAGAAGCGCCAGUUCAUUCACUGUCAGAUCCCCUCCACGGCGCGAGACCUGUUAAAGUUUGAACCAAAUCAGUUUUAUAUGAGGACAGAGUGUGGACGAGGUGCAUUAAAUGGACUAUUUUGGAUAACUGUGGACUUUCUAUUCCAUGUUUUUGAGUCUAGGAUUACCUUUGGAUUUAGAUUUUAUGAAUUUUAAAAUAAAAUUCAGAAGCGAUGCGGUCAAGGAUGAAGGAUCGCUUCAUUCAUGUUUUCUUUUUUUGUGAAAUGAUCUCGCGCACAGUUUUGUGGGUCUGACUUUUGUAAUUUAAUGGAUUAAAAACGACAAUAUCUUAUUAAAAGGGGUUUGUUUGAUUUCAGAGAGUCAUUUUUAGGGCUUUCUCAGACUUGUGAAGAGUUUAUCCUUAGAGAGAUUUGUCUGUGGAAAGGCAUGUUCCCUGGCUCCACGCCGGUUGGAGCAUCUUUGCGGCUCCGGUCGGGAAGGUUUCGCCUGCGCUGGGACACAUUUGGACCACAGGGGAGAUGAGAACCGCGCUGAUCCACUUUCUCUUCUGCUGCUUCCCUCUGUUUUCAGCAGCCGCUGAGGAAGCGCCGAUUCCCCGAGAGCUGAUCGAGAGACUCGCUAACAGCGAGAUCCGCAGCAUCAGCGACCUCCAGAGGAUCCUGGAGAUUGACUUCGUAGAGAAUGAGGUGCUGGAGGACGUUAAACAAGGCCACCAUAAGGAGCAUCUGUAUGACAGCAGAAACCUCAAGAGCUCACACACACACUCUAGACGCAAGAGAAGCAUUGAGGAGGCAGUGCCAGCCGUCUGUAAGACUCGUACAGUGAUCUACGAGAUCCCACGCAGUCAGGUAGAUCCCACGGCUGCCAACUUCCUGAUCUGGCCUCCGUGUGUCGAGGUGAGACGAUGCUCAGGCUGCUGCAACACCAGCAACAUGCGCUGCCACCCGUCCAAAAAACACCACAGGACUGUGAAGGUGGCCAAGGUGGAGUACGUACGCAGGAGGCCAAAACUCCGGGAGGUGCAGGUGCAGCUGGAGGAUCAUCUCGAAUGUGUGUGCACGUCCAAACAUCACUCAGAGUCUCGCAUACACACAGAUAUAAGGUGAGCGUGGCACUGGAUAAAAGAAAGCAGUGGAGGUCCAUCGCAGCCAAUCAGAUAACUCGGACUACACGACAGCCAUUGAGUGAUAUCAUCUGAAGAGACGAGGCGGAUGUGAACUGUUGAACAAUGAGCGAAUCAGGGCAGCCUUUUUGGAUUACUUUGGACUUUUGAUGCACCUUUAGAGGGGACCCGGAGAGAGACUUUGGAUUAAAACCCAGGGGAGCUAAGCACAACAAACUAGAGACUGCAAUGACAGAGACUCGCAGAGCCUGAAAACGAACUUCAGUCAGUCGAAGUACUGAUUCAACAACCUUUUAAAGGAGCAUCUAUCACAACUUUAUUUGUGUAUCAAAUUUUAUUUCUCCAGCAAAUAUCUGUAUCAUCUUAUUUUUGUAACUGCCAGUUUUCUAUCAACAAUCAUCUUCUCUUAUAUAUGCCGUAGAAUGAACGAGUACAACAAAAUGCAAUCUACAGUAACUGAUACUAAUAAAGUGAAUACAUUUUAUUGUGUUUGUCUGACAGACAAAGAUGAA